UACCUCAACCUUACAUCGCCUUCGCUUUGUCUCGCUUCUUUUUCCAUCUCAUCUCUUUUCUCUUCUCUAUACCUUGACAAGUCGGAAGUGCUUUCGCUCCGCCAUAAACAGUCCUUCGUUCUUCUCGUCACGACCUGCGAGCAUUGUUAAUAACUAACGUCGACGGCUUUAGCCCAGACCAUAUCUUGCGACAUCGACAACGACACAGCAAAUACCGCGUCGCUCACCUCAUUUAAUCAAUUUCAGUAAUUCUUUUUCGCCGUUUCGAAGCAAAGCCAAACUACCGUCACGAUGGGUUGCGGAAUGAGCACAGAGGAGAAGGAGGGCAAGGCCCGUAACGAGGAGAUCGAGAACCAGCUCAAGCGCGACAAGAUGAUGCAGAGAAACGAGAUCAAGAUGCUGCUGCUCGGUGCCGGUGAAUCCGGAAAAUCUACUAUCCUGAAGCAGAUGAAGCUUAUCCACGAGGGUGGCUACUCGCGCGAUGAGCGAGAAUCCUUCAAGGAAAUCAUCUUCAGCAACACCGUCCAGUCAAUGCGCGUUAUUCUCGAGGCUAUGGAGUCUCUCGAGCUUCCUCUUGAGGACCAGCGCAUGGAGUACCACGUCCAGACCAUCUUCAUGCAACCAGCCCAGAUUGAAGGCGAUGUCCUCCCUCCUGAGGUUGGCAGUGCCAUUGAGGCUCUGUGGAAGGACCGUGGUGUGCAAGAGUGUUUCAAGCGCUCACGCGAAUACCAGCUCAACGACUCUGCUCGAUACUACUUUGACAACAUUGCACGUAUCGCUGCUCCCGAUUACAUGCCUAACGACCAGGACGUUCUCCGAUCUCGUGUCAAGACCACAGGUAUCACCGAGACCACUUUCAUCAUCGGCGAUCUCACAUACCGAAUGUUCGACGUUGGUGGCCAAAGAUCCGAGCGAAAGAAGUGGAUUCACUGCUUCGAGAACGUCACCACCAUUCUUUUCCUGGUCGCCAUCUCCGAAUACGAUCAGCUCCUUUUCGAAGAUGAGACCGUCAACCGAAUGCAGGAGGCCCUUACUCUGUUCGACUCCAUCUGCAACUCAAGGUGGUUCAUCAAGACAUCGAUCAUUCUGUUCCUCAACAAGAUCGAUCGAUUCAAGGAGAAGCUGCCUGUCAGCCCCAUGAAGAACUACUUCCCCGACUACGAGGGCGGCGACGACUACGCUGCGGCUUGCGAUUAUAUCCUUAACCGCUUCGUCAGCUUGAACCAACACGAGACCAAGCAGAUCUACACCCAUUUCACCUGCGCCACCGAUACCACUCAGAUCCGCUUUGUUAUGGCGGCUGUCAACGAUAUCAUUAUCCAAGAGAACCUUCGUCUCUGUGGUCUUAUCUAAAUGAUUUUUUUCUUGCUGUCACUAAAACACGAAUACCCUCGAUCUUAAUAACGACACUGCUUAGAUGGGCCACGGGGAAAUGGCUCACGAUUUUUUCUUGUACUCGUCAUGCCAAGGGAGCGGAGGCACGGUGUUAACUGCGCAACUCCUUUGGCUGGCGCCGGUUACCAAUGGUCCGGCUCAUCCAGUACGCUAGAUAUACUGCUAGUUUUGGCUGCGCCCAGGUCGACCUUGGUUCCGUUUCUUUGUAAGGAUUUUGCCUGGUUGAUGGAUGGGAGUUGCCUUGUAUCACAAAAACGUCUUUUUAAAGGGAGAAAGAUUUUUUAAGACCAGUCGACCACGGACGAUAGGGCCGCGAAGGCCCGUGGUCACGGCCGCCCAUGACGUCGGGGAAGAUAUGAUUUGCCCGUUCAAGAGCGUGAUGAACGAGGCCGAAGGAAAGGUUCAUUAUUUGCAUCUAAACAGUGCGGGCGACAGGAGGAUGGAAGGUGGUCAUCUAUUUUGUUUAAUUACGAAGCUCUUUUCCUACCAUGCGUUCAUUGUUCGUUCCUCACUACCCGUUGCUUUAGCAUUGUCUGUCUACACGUCCGCCCAUGGUGUUUUACGCUUAAUUUUCAAAACUAUCAAGUAUAUCGACUGUAAAGUUCCCAUUGCUUCCACACGUUUCUCAUCUUUAAAAACAAGUAU